UUCAGUUUCUCUCCCACUCCCUCUCCCCAUUAUCACCUAUUCAGCACUGUGAGCAAGGGAGAUCUGAUAUCACCAUCUAAAAGGGCGCUCCUCAGGCAGAGAGAACACCUGGUUUUCUGAGUUCUAGAAAAGUUUCCAAACAUUUUUAAAAACGAAGACGUGACAAAAUGUAUUCGGCUGGCCUAGAGAUACUUGGCGUAACGCUGUCUGUGGCCGGAUGGCUUGGCGUGAUGGUGGCCUGUUUCCUGCCAAUGUGGAGGGUCACGGCUUUCAUAGGGCAAAACAUCGUGGUCGCCCAGGUGAUCUGGGAAGGGCUGUGGAUGAACUGUGUGGUGCAGAGCACCGGGCAGAUGCAGUGCAAGGUCUACGACUCCAUGCUCGGUCUCCCGGACCACCUGCAGGCUGCGCGAGCCCUGACUAUCAUCUCCAUGCUGGCUUGCGUCGUGGGCAUUUUCCUCUCCGUCGCUGGGGCCAAGUGCACCAACUGCACGCCGGACAAGGCCAGCAAGCCCAAAAUCAUCCUUAGCGCGGGCAUCACUUUCAUUGUGGCGGGGCUCCUGCAUCUAAUCGCCGUCUCCUGGACCGCCAAUGCCAUCGUCCUGGACUUCUACGACCCCUUGCUGGAGGAGACCCAGAAGCGAGAGUUUGGGAAUUCACUCUACUUUGGCUGGGGUGCUUCUUCUCUUCUCAUCCUAGGGGGGGCUCUGCUCUGCUGCUCCUGUCCGCAGAAGGGACGUGGCUCUCGGUCGCCCACAGUGGCAUACUCGGGAGCGAAGUCCGUCUCAACCACUAGGCACGAAAAGAAAGACUACGUGUGAGCAGCCUGCAGCAGCAAAGUCUUCUCAAGUACCUCUGAUGCUUCGUAGCUUCCACAGGUGCUUGUUAGGACAAACCGGCAUGUGUAGGAUCCAGUAAUGACAAUUAUUUAGCUGCAAAGCUAAAUGGCUGGUGAAUGAAUGAACUCAUCUGAUUUCAUCUGGACAUGAUUAAGGAACAGCACAGGUUGUACCAGCUUCAGCUCUUCAGCUUAUACAAAUGUCGUGCCAGUGCCUCUCAAUACACAUAUACUGCAUUCAUUAAGGCUUGCAAUUUGUGGUUAGUUUGUAGAUAGAAAAUAAUCUGCACAUCUACAAAUAUUAAUCUGUAAAAAAGUGAACAACUGAUAUUAGAAUUAAUUGAUAACUGAAAGGGAGGAAAAGAGCGUUACAUGAUAUGUGUCAGAAGAACAGGUAUUAUGUAAGCAAAUCAUUCGGUAUUUUGA